CCAGAAAGCAUCAUCAUCUCGUCCAUCCAACUGCUCAUGGGAAUCUGCAAUCAGUGCAUCCAAUCUGCGAGUAAUCGCCGUCGGGCAGUCGCAGAAGGCCCCACUAAAUCAUACUCCAGCCGGCCAAUUGCCUUGUCCAGUGUCUCAUGUGUCGUGGCAGUUGCUGCGUGCUCUUCCCGUCCAGGAAAGAUACAACCGUUCUCGUUCCGUUCAGCACUUUCCCCCGUCAAAUGCAGCAGCUCCUACCGUCGUUAAACACAUUCGCCUACAGCAGGUGCGAGGAUUGCAACCCCAUCCCACCUCAAGCUCGCUUCUCCGCAGCGAGGUGACUAUGUCUACUAUACACUAGGUACCUAGGUGCCAGGGGCAUUAAUAGUCUAAGACAAGUAUCUCACAUUAAAUGAUUCUUUCCCGAACCCAGCGCCUGCAGAUUGACACCGGUAGUCAGUCUCGUGGUCUAAAGACAGAAGUACCUACCUAGGAAAGAAGAAGGUGUGGUCUGCAGCCUGCCUGCCUUCCAGCAAAGAAGCUCACGUCGGAGUUUCGGCGGACAUCGGCACCGUCAAAGCUGAAGAGUCUGAGACGGCGCAACGUCGCUUGCCUGCCGAACGUGGGAGCAGGCACCUUCCUUACCUCACCGAUCUCACCUACCACCUGAGUAAGGUAGGCAAGCACGACCAUCCACCAUAAGGUAGCCAGACGGGCGAAAAGGGAAAUAAGGACCAAGAAAAAAAAAACGUCGGCGAUUCUUGCUGCCACUGGCCGCCGUCACCGUCACCCGCACUCCACCAGAAGGUCCGUCCAGUCCUCACCUGCCUCAUCCCCGUCCCGUCCACUUUCUUUCCCUCGCCUACGCGCAGAUCUGCCACCUCUCCCGGCGGCGUCGCUUCGCAUUUACCCCUCGUCAUCUCUCUUCUCUGGAACCUUUUUUUUUUCCCUCGUGAUUGCUCCCUUCAACGUCAACCCUCCAUCGCCCGCUUUUCCUUCUUUCAUCUACGCCCGGAAUUCAAUCCUCACUGAUGAACCACAUCAGGUCCGCUUAGAGUGAUUUACUUCAGUCUGCCUUCACCCUCGCGGACCCUGAUUCACGAUAGAACAGGCGGGCCAGCAGACGGCGCGAAAACCCGACAAGCCGAUUCCGACCCGACUCAGCUGCGAGCUCUUGUCACCUUUCUACGGAUACGCUAGUGAUUAACCUCUUCAACGACUCGAUAGCCCGACCCGACCACGGCCAGGACUCCCUCAUUCAGGCAUCGUCAUCCGUCACUGCCGGCUUGUUACCAACGACUCGGCCACUGAAGAAUUUCUUCCUCCCUCACCUUCCCGCCAAUUUGUUCACCCGACCGACAUCCGAUUGUCGGCUUGGCUGACUUUUAUUUCCACCCCAUCAUAACGUCAGGACGAACGCCCGAACCACCUCUUUCUCUUUUUUCCCUUCAAACCUUCGUUUCACUUUUUAUUCUUUCUCCAGUCGUGGGCCGCAUCGCAAGGUCGCUCGCUGUUCUCCGUACUCACUCCGACCAAUUGCUGUACCCUGCGUCACCGACGUCAAGGUUCAACCUACCUAAUCAGUGGCGUUGUCUCUUUGAGCCUUGAUCAACAAUCUGGCCGGGACCUGCAAUUUCAACCCCCAUCCACUUCUCGUCCAACAACGAAAGAUUGCCGAACUCCAAAUCGACGGAUUAAAUUUUCGAGUCCCUCAACCGCGCCGGCAUUCCACCUCGACAGACCGAGACCCAUUCGUACCUGCCACGAGGUCGAGGAACCCUCCUAAUUCGCAACCUCGCCGGACUCUGCAGCCCAAUCCAUCGCCAUGGCAAACCGAGAAUUCGAGAUCAUGCCAUGGGAGUGCCGUGAUGUGGAGGAUCAGGCCGAAGCCUACUACAACCAGCCACUCAGGUCAUCGAAUCAGGCCCUCGCCGAGGAGAAUGCGAAGCUGAAGAAGCUGCUCCGAGAAAACGGCAUCUCUUGGUCGCCCGUAUCCGCAAACUAUCAGAACCUCCAAGCAGGUGCCAGGCGAAAACAAGCCCCGUCUUCAGGAACUCGCUCCUUUCCGUACCUUCCAACAGAGGUCCUGCUGCGCAUUCUCAAGUACUCGAUGACCUCGAAGGACACGAUUAUCGACCCCUUGACGAAAAUCACGCCCGACAACCUCACAGCCCAGGAGAAAAGCCGUGGUAAUCAAAUCGCCAUCCACUUCUUGGCGACAUGCAAGGCGAUGCAUGACGAAGGCAGCCGUAUGUUCUGGAGCCACAACACUUUCACUUUCACAAAUGAACACGCCGUCAGAAACUUUGCCGAGCUGGACUUUGGAUUUCGAAAGGACAUCAAGCAUGUCAACUUUCGCAUCGUCGCCCAAUUCUACGACGACAAGAAGCGAAAGCACAAGCUUGAGCGAUCCUACCACCCGUCUCUGAAGAGCGACAUCACACUGCGGACGGUCCCUCGCGUCAGUGAGCGAACCUAUGCCCGUGGCGGUUUUCGCUGCUACACGUGGGCUCAAGUAACGGAUUUCCUGCGUGCCCUCCGCCCUCCCUUCGAUCCCAAGCAUGACAAAGGGCUAGUGCGCCCCAAGCUGCUUCCUGGCCUUGAGUCGCUCAGAAUUGACUUGGUGAACUUUAUCGACGACUUUCUCCCUAUGCCUAGCAGCGACCUGCACGAUGUGGCAUCACACGAACUCGGUUGUUCUCUGAAUGAGUUGCAAGUCACCGGUCUUCCGAUUGACGAUGCUGGCAGCAAGGCCACCGCAGAGCUUACUGGGCUUCUGCGCGACGAGGGCCUCUUCCUUGCUGGCUUGCCCUCGUUUGUUCAAGUCAAAAACUCCCUGAAGCCUCUGCCGGGCAUCUCGAGCUGCGCGCGUGUUGUUCGGGCCUGGAAGACAAUCAAGGCAAAGCGGGAAGACGACGGUGAUUCCGACUCUGACCCUGGAAAUGAAACUGAUGAAGGCCACUAUCAUCCUAAGGAGCCCAUCAUGCCCCCUGCGCCCCGAGAGACAGGCCACCCCAAGUCCGCGCCUAGCCGUCGGGACUUGACGAUCUGGAAGAGGGUGCCCAAGAGCCGUGACGGGGAUGGUGAUGACCGCCAGUGGACCGAGUUCUGCCGCAGCAGUGGCUACCCCAUGGAGGACAUUGAGGAUAUGAUGGGCGACGAUGACGAGCUUGGCAUCUGCCCGUGUUGUGGCGAACCACACCCUAGUCUCUUGGACCUCCUCGAGACGGACAACGAGGAGGACAUUGGAGACGACUAAGGUACACGCUCGACUCAGUUGAGAAAGCGGCAUUUGGUUGGCGUUACUUGGAAUGAGAGGCUCGAGCCUGUCUAAUGAUGGGGAGCAACAUGGCGAGGCACCGUUACACAUGGUAUUCGGGAUAUGAAAAGGGAUCAUGAUUCAUCGGAUGGAAAAGCUUACGGAGUUACUUUACACAGGUCACGAGAUUAUGAUACCACAUUUUGCUCAGGGCACAUAGAUACCAUGGUUAGCCAUUAAUAAGGCGUAUGAGGCCAGCCUCUGUCUCAUGGACAGGAAGUCUG